AUGUCGCUCUUUGGCGAAUCGCCCCCCGGCACGCGCUCGCUCUUCGCCUCGCCCGAUUUCUCGGGGUCGCCUUCGCUCUUCGACGACGACGCGGUCGACAGCACGGGCGGCUGGGGCUCCUCCGUCGGCGGCGCUGCGACCUCGCCGCGCGUGCACCGCAACCGCUCCCAGAACCUCGGCGACGUGGUGCGCAGCCUGCUCACCGCCGAUAACGCGGAUAUCCCCGUUGUCUACUACGACGUGUACAGGAAGCUGGUCGGAGAGUUUGGUGACGGCGCCGACGGAAUGGUCGAGGCACAUGGCGCAGCCGAUAAGGUGCUCGAUGAAGCUGGCGUGUAUGGCGAUGACCGGAAUAGAAUCUGGGAAGUCGUCGUGGGAAGGAAGGAUCUGGUCGGGAGAGGUGAGGUUUGGUGCUUACUCGCUAUGGUGGGCCUGUGGCAGGAGGGGGAUAGGGAUAUUGGCGUUGACGCCGUCGAUGUGAGGCGGGAGAAACUGCCGAUACCACACCUGAAGACACUCACUCCGCAGGAGCCCAAGAAGCGGCCAGAACCGGCGCGGCCGAAGACCCCACCGCCCGAGGUCCUCGGCGAAGACACAGGCGCCGAGGGUUUCUACAACAACCACAGCAAUUCGAAUAGCAAUCGCAAUUCGCACCACCAGCACACACACUCCGGCUCCGGUGCGGACAUCCCCACGAGUCCGCUAUCGGAUAAGCCGAAUACCAUUGUCGCGCGCCAACAGAGCACACCAAUAAGUACGAAACCCGUGCGCGCCGGCAAUCCGGCGGCGCUGUUUGCCACUAGUGUCGAGGAUCAUCCGUGGGGCCCGCCGCCGACGCAACAAGCUCCGGCGAUUUUAGUGCCGCCCCCGCAGCCGGUGGUGCAACCGCCGGUGCCGGAGUUUGGCGCGCAGACAGAUGGGAGGAAUGACAGACAGCAGGGGGAAGACGAUGAGGAGGAUGAGCCUGAUGAUAUCCAUGCUGCGCUGCGUAAUACCGGCCCAAGCAGGGUCACCACGUCGUCUACCUGGGGGAAUGAUACCUAUGUCCAGCCUGAUACGUACGGUGGAAGUACCUACAAUCAGAGUAUCAUGGGCUUUAGCGAUCAUCCCGGGAUUGGCGCGAGGCAUGGGAGUUUUGGUGGGCUGGGCGGAAACCGGGUCAAUGGCAGCGACGAACGGCUCGGAAAUGGAAACGGAAACGCAAAUGGAAACGGCGUGCUCUCGAUGGAGAGGGUUAGAGCGGCUAUGAAACUGCCCGAGGAACGUGUUAAUGUCAAUAUCCUACCCGAGAAAGAGGGCAUGUUUAUGUUUCAGCAUAGGAACUAUCAGAUUACUAGCCAACGGAGAGGCAGUCGCGUGGUGCGGAGAUACAGCGACUUUGUCUGGCUGCUUGAUUGUCUACACAAAAGAUACCCUUUCCGACAGCUUCCGCUCCUGCCGCCAAAACGACUUGCAGUUAACGGCCACUACCUAUCAGCCGAUGCCGAAUUCCUGGAACGUCGGCGCCGCGGCCUACACCGCUUCGUGAACGCGCUCGUACGCCACCCCACACUCUCGCAAGAGCAGCUGGUCAUCAUGUUCCUCACCGUACCGACCGAGCUCUCCGUAUGGCGGAAACAAGCUACCUUUAGUAUCGUCGAAGAAUUCACCAACCGCUCAUUGCCACCCGACCUCGAAGCCUCUCUUCCUCCCGACCUCACCGAUACCUUCGAGACCGUCCGUUCCGGCCUCCGCCGCAGCGCCGAGAUGUACAUCCAACUCUGCAACCUGGUAGAGCGUCUGGAACGAAGACAUGAAGGGAUUGCAGCAGAUUACGGCCGCUUCGCAACAUGUCUUGGCUCACUCACAGACGCAAGCGAAGCCACCUACGCGGUGGACACGAGCGACAUCCCUCUCCUGAACGAUGGUCUCACAGCCGUCGCCAAAAGCCUGAACCAAUCGCGCGCGCUCCUCGAAGACGAGGCAAAAGCGUGGGACGCCGGCGUACUCGAGGACUUUAAGCGGCAGCGCGACACGCUCGUCUCGAUGCGCGAGCUCUUCGACCGCUAUGACCGCCUUGCAGGGAACAACAUCCCAUUCCUCACGAAGCGCAUCGACACCAACCGGAAAAAGCUCGAACAGCUGCGCGCCAAACCUACCGAGGCCGUCAAGCCCGGCGAAAUCGAAAAGGUGCAGGACGCAAUCCGAAAGGAUGGAGAGGAUAUCGAGCGGCAGCGUGUCCGCGGGAUCUUGAUACGCGAGUGCGUCCUCCACGAACUCAUAUUCUUCCAGGGCAGUCAGUACCAUGUCGGCAGGCUACACCAGGAGUGGGCGGUCGAACGCGUAAAGUAUGCCGAGCUCCAGGCCGAGGGCUGGAGAACGCUGUCGGUCGAGGUCGAGGGAAUGCCCACUGGCGAGUAG